AUGGGCGAAUUCACGAUCGAAGAUUUCUCAAAGCCUAUCACAUCCGUCAAUGGGGAUCAGACAGCCGUUUUCUGGGACGUUGUUGAAUUCCCAUUCCCAGAUAGUGACAGUCCUGAUAUGAUCUAUCGCAAAAUCGAAUCAGCUGUUCGUGAAAAGGGAUGCAGAGGUCAGGUCUCAAUCUGGGUUUAUGUUGAUGACAAGAAUGGAUCUUGGGGUGGUGAGUUUCUUCAUAGGAAGACUUGGGAAUCCAGAAUCUUCUUCCUUCCUGGAGGUGAUAAACUAUCGAGACAUAAUAGAAUGUUUCAUGACCUUCUUUUAUGGAUGAUUGAUUCUCCUGUGCUCGGAGGAGUAGAAUCAACUGUGUUCGUAUUCUCAGAUAAAGUCAAAGAGGAGUUCUUCGAUACGCUUGAAAGUUUGACUAAUGUCAGAUGUGACAAUGUUUACUUAACACCUUCGAAACAGCCAGUCAUCAAGGCAGAACACGCGGAAUGGCCACGAUGGCUAUUUGAUAGCUUGUACGCUUUCAUUGUAUAUAUACUGUCGAAGAAACACCUGACCGGGUCGAAGAAACUCCUGACCGGGUCGAAGAUGAAGAUUGUAUUGGACUAG